AUGGAAAAAUAUAUUAAUGAGUCCUUAGCUGCUGGAAUAAUCCGUCCCUCUUCUUCUCCGCUGGGAGCUGGUUUCUUUUUUGUGGGCAAAAAGGAUGGUUCUCUAAGACCUUGUAUCGACUACAGAGGCCUUAACCAAAUAACAGUUAAAAAUAAGUACCCACUCCCGUUACUAGCAUCAGCCUUCGAACCAGUACAAGGGGCUACUGUCUUCACUAAGCUCGAUUUAAGGAAUGCUUAUCACCUUCUCAGGAUUAGAGAUGGUGACGAAUGGAAGGCAGCCUUCAAGACUCCUUUGGGCCAGUUCGAGUAUCUAGUCAUGCCUUUUGGUCUCACUAAGGCCCCUGCCUGUUUCCAAGCCCUGGUCAACGAUGUCCUCAGAGACUUUUUAAAUGUCUUUGUGUUUGUUUACAUUGAUGACAUCCUGAUCUAUUCUAAAGAUCUUUCUGAGCAUAAGAAACAUGUCCGCCUGGUCCUGCAAAGAUUAUUGGAGAACAAACUUUUUGUUAAAGCCGAAAAGUGCGAGUUUCAUCAACCUUCAGUCACCUUUUUAGGACUUUCACCAGCAGAACAAAACUACGACGUUGGGGACCGUGAACUUCUGGCCAUCAAACUGGCAUUGGAGGAGUGGAGACACUGGCUUGAGGGAGCUGAACACCCGGUUUUAGUAUGGACUGAUCACAAGAACCUAGCCUAG